GCCGGUAAAGUCGGGGCAACUACCCCACCGCCACGGAUUUUUUUCGUUUUCCUGCUUCGCAACCCACCACUUUAUGACGUUCAUUAGACUCCAUCAUGAGAAGUCAUAACGUAGCCCUAUGAAGUUAGGAUGAUCUGUUCAUCUACAUUUAUUAAUAGUAGAUAAUUUACAAUUAAAUCUUCCUAUCAAGUUUAAUUAAAUUGAUUAAGGGAAGCAAAUUAAAACGGUAGAUCGCGAUACACCAAAUGUUGGUGCCACUCUUUCACUACUCUGCCUUGCCUCUUCAUGUAUAAACGGUAAAACAAGGGCGGAACCACUUCAACUUCAUAACUUUUCUUCUCGGAAAACAAAAUGAAUCAAUUGAUGGUGAGGUCUGUGUUUAGACAUGCGAUCACCGGCAGUAAGUAUAGUCGCUACAUAUCGUCGGCCGCGGCGUCGCCGUUGUCGGCGGUUGCCGUUGUGACGUCUUCUGAUGAGGCCGUGGUGGUGAGAGGCCAGGGUUUGGGGUUCCUCGGUGGGGCCCCUUGGAGUUGGAGGACGAUGAGCACGGCGGCGGAGCCGGAGGCGAGGAAGGUUGAGAAAGAGAGUAGUACAGCGGUGCCGGGGAAGAAGAAGAACGAGGAGAGCGGCGAAGUUGUGGUGUCGAGCUAUUGGGGCAUUUCGAGGCCCAAGAUUACCAGGGAGGACGGGACUGAGUGGCCUUGGAACUGUUUCAUGCCAUGGGAAACUUAUCAGUCAGACUUGUCAAUAGACCUGAAAAAGCACCAUGUGCCAAAGAAUUUUACUGAUAAAUUUGCUUACAGGACAGUGAAACUCCUUAGAAUACCUACAGAUAUAUUUUUCCAGCGUCGGUAUGGAUGUCGUGCAAUGAUGCUGGAAACUGUGGCAGCUGUUCCUGGUAUGGUGGGAGGGAUGCUGCUGCACCUUAGGUCUCUGCGGAAGUUUCAGCAGAGUGGUGGUUGGAUCAAAGCAUUGCUUGAAGAAGCUGAGAAUGAGAGGAUGCACCUGAUGACUAUGGUGGAGCUUGUGAAACCCAAAUGGUAUGAGAGGCUACUGGUUCUCACUGUGCAGGGAGUCUUUUUUAAUUCCUUCUUUGUUCUGUACCUGCUCUCCCCAAAACUGGCACAUAGAAUUGUUGGUUAUCUGGAGGAGGAGGCAAUUCAUUCAUAUACGGAGUACCUGCAAGAUAUUGAUAGCGGUGCAAUUGAGAAUGUACCAGCUCCUGCUAUUGCGAUAGACUACUGGAGGUUGCCCAAAGAUGCAACCUUGAAGGAUGUCAUAACUGUCGUCCGUGCUGAUGAAGCUCACCAUCGAGAUGUCAACCAUUUCGCUUCUGAUCUUCAUUUCCAGGGCAAGGAAUUGAGGGAAGCACCAGCUCCUCUUAGUUACCAUUAAUAAGUUUUUAUCUGCCAAUGGAGAGGUCUUUAGAGAUUUGUUUGAUGUGUGCCUACUGUAUAUUCCCAGGAAUGCCGUUUAAUAUUGAGUUGCGAAUGGUGGUUUAAUAUUGCAGUUCAUGAUUUACGCAAAUGUAGAAGCAUUGGUGUUUGAUCAUAUAAUUUCUUGCUAUUUGCUUUGGCAAUAAAAAUUGAGAAAGUAAGAGGGAUGCUUUAUUUUUGCACUGCACUUGAGUUUUGUUUGGUUCGUCCCUGUAAGUUGAGAAUGAGCAAAGUUCUUUACCAUGCAUGGGUAGUUAUUGCGUCUUUUGCGUUGUUCUUAGACAAUGCCUUGAAUAACAAAAGAUUGCUGGAAACAAUCACUUUUUUACACGUUUUUUUUGACAGGCUCACUUGUAUUGGCAUGUUCAUUGUUCAGGUAGUGCAAUGACCUCUGUUCAAUAGGCACUGGCAAAUUGUUGACAAAGCUCUGCUGCAAUCACUUCAGCCCGUAAGGAACUCCUACUACAAGCGGAAGCCGUCUGUUGCCUAGACAUAAGUGUUCAUGAUCAUUCUCUGUUCUGAUUUAACCUUUGAAGAGUGGUAACCAAUUUCGAGCGUUGGGUCAAAAUUGCCUUUGAAGAGUAUUUAACCCAUUUUGCGUUUGGGCCUCAAACCCACCUAUUAUCUGUAGCUUGUUACCCGAGGGAUUGGUCAAUAGUAGUUUCCAGAUUGCUGCUUUGGGGUUAACGGCAAAGCUGAAGUGUUCGCAUUCUGAAAGCCCAUUGGAACAAUGACUCAGUAUAUAUGGUGCAUCACAUCGAAAACCUGGGUUACAUUUUAUCUGAACUAUUAUGUGGCCUCGAACUUAGAAUGUGUGGAUUUACAUCUUGUCUGAACUAGUAGUGAAUGAUUCCAUACGGGUUGAGUUAGUCCAAGAUGAUUGGUUUUCUACGCGUAGGAUAACAGGGUCCUCAUUUCCUAAAGAGCCUACAUUCUAUGAAAUCAUUUGGAUUACAUGAAUUAUGUUUCCGUACACAAUGCUUUUGUGUAUAAUACCUCGGCGUCUCUUGUUUUGAGUUUCACAAAGAGGACUUGGUUGAUUCAAUGCUGGUUGCUUAUGAGUGAUUGUGGUCCGCGAGU